AUGCAGGUCUCUCGCCCCGGUGGCCGACCUGGCCGAGGGAGCACCAACGAAGAAGAAGAAGGAGAAGAAGGAAAGGAAGAGGAUGCACGGAGUCCCCUGGUAGAGAAACCGGAGAAGAUGAAACGACAGCAGAGGAGGAGAAAACAGCAGAAACAUAAUGCUCAUUAUUAA